GUUAAAACCUGGUCCCAGGAAGUGUAAGUUGGACUGAUGAGGACCAAACAGUGUCUGUUUGUCUUUCAAUCAAAGGUUUUGAUUCAUUCAAACAUUACUGACAAGAGAAGUCUGACAACAAGUUUCCUCAUGAAACUUUCUCUGAAUGAACAACAUGUCAGGAAGUCCAGAGAGAAGAAAUCCAUCACAUGUGUCAGAGGAUGACUUUUCUCUCUUUCUCUCCAUCAGAUUUCUCUCAACUUGAACUGGACACAAACUCAAUGAACAGAAACCUCAAACUGUCCAACAACAACAGGAAGGUGACACGUGUGGAGGAAAAUCUGCCGUAUCCUGAUCAUCCACACAGAUUUGAAGGCUGGCCUCAGCUGCUGUGUAGAAAUGAUCUGAUUGGUCGAUGUUACUGGGAGGUCGAGUGGAGCGGAAAGGUUUAUAUAUCAGUGAGUUACAGAGGAAUCAGGAGGAGAGGAGGUUGGAAUGAAUGUGUGUUUGGAUGUAAUGAUCAGUCCUGGAGUCUGAACUGCUCUGAUCAAGGUUACUGUGUCUGUCACAAUGACAGACAAACAUCCAUCUCCUCCUCCUCCUCCUCUGGUAGAGUAGGAGUGUAUAUGGACUGUCCUGCUGGCUCUCUGUCCUUCUUCAGAGUCUCCUCUGACUCUCUGAUCCACCUCCACACCUUCAACACCACAUUCUCUCAACCUCUCUAUGCUGGAUUUACACUCUGGUCCUCUGGUUCUUCAGUGAGUCUGUGUCCUCUGUAGGAAGGACGGUCUCUGUCUCUGACAGCAGUCCUGUCAGCACCAAUCAGAGAUCAGAGAACAUCAGUGGAGUUCAGCAGGGCUCACAGACGGAGCCUCCAACACUUUGUAAAUAUGUGGUCAGUUUAAGUUUCAGGACGUUUUCUAACCUCCUCAAGUCUUUGUCAGCAGCAGUGGAGACGAUGAGGACAGGACUCUUCUGAUCACAGUUUGAUGUUUGUCUUUAUGUUCAGGCCAGCGGGUCCUGAUUGGACCAGUCUGGUCUCAGCUGGACUGAUUGAAGGAGAGUCUGACUGAGAGUCUGAGUCUGUCAGUCUGCUGACAGGCUGGAAGUGAAGCUCUUUUUAACACUGAUGGACUCAGUACCCGGAGCCUCACCAGGUUCUGUUCAGAGUGUUGAGGUGAAUUCACACUUAAUCGUAGAUUCUUUAGUCUCAGCUGAAUGAAGGGAAACGACGCACCAACCGAUCUUCUGUGUGGGCAGUCCACGCUUUUAAUCAGUACUGAGGAAACAGAGUGAUACAGGGCUCUGGGUUCUCAUCCUUGUUUCUUCACGAAACCAACCGUCCAGAAAGCUGAACAGGAAAAGAAUGAGGUGUCUGAUGUGUGAUCAUGUGUAUUUACACGCACCGCUCGCAGGCGCUUUCAGAGCUCUUCUUUCAGAUGUUGGCCGUCAUCACGGCAGAGAAAGAUGAACAGAAAUCUGCUGUUUAUUGGCUGCAGUAGUGACCAGGCUGGAGGGAAUCAAACAAUAAUACACUGAACAAAAUUAAAGACAAUUUAUAGAAGUCUUAAUAAAAUGUUGGACUAAACGUCCACAGUCCGGAUUCAGUCUCCCUUUAGGUAAUAUGUUAUUUCCAGGCUGCUGGCUUCACAUCACUGAUUAAACAGAGUCGCUGGUUCAAAUCCGGUCUUUUCAGUGUAUAGCAUUAAAAUCCUUAGGUCGCCGGUUCAAAUCUGGCUUGAAGGAGGUCUUUCCAGUCAUCGCACAUUGUAUCAGUUCGAGAAGCCUGGAUUCGGUUGUCUGAAUCGCUCUUGGAAACUGUGUUCCACAGAUGGCGAAAGAAAGUGGUUCUACAGCCGUGUUUGGGCUUCCUUUCAAGGUGUGACCUGUUCUCUUCAGUUACUGGCAGGUCCCUCCACUUCAAGGUGACAGUUACCUUUGUCACAAAAACAUUAAACUAAGUCCAUGAAAGGUCUUCUCGAGUAGUUGAAGCCCCAAACGUAAGUCCGCUGUAAGCCAAUCCGCUCCUUUGCAGCUUUUCAUUAGAAAGAGGACUUUUCAGAAAACUGACCUGUGGGCUUUAGAAUAGGUCAAGAUCACUGUCAGCAGGCAUGUUGCUGACUUUUCAAGAAGUGACAAAUGAUGGCAGAGAGUUCGGGUAUAGAGUUGUUGAGUGUUUGAAUCAAAGGAUAAGUCGUUGCCCAAAGUCAUUCCGGGAAAAGAGAAAAGAGGAAGCUUGACUCAGUCCAAUGUAGGCCAGUCUGAUCCUGUCUCAAACCUUCAUGCUGUCAGUUCCACUGGGAAUGUCUUUUUUCUUUCAUCUGGAAAAGCCGUUGGAAAAAUGUGGACAGCUCAGUGGGUGGAGCGGGCCUCGAGGACCAGGGUUGAGAUGCCCUGGUGUAAAUGACAGGACUCCCCUCAGAACUAUGGUCACAAAAAUCUUCAUGCACUAUUUGCUGAUCUUCAUCUGACUUUGCGUGGAUUCUGCUGUCCAAUGUUCUGCUUUUUUUUUUUUUUUGUGAAGGGUAUAUUUUUUUUUCUGAGCUGAAAUAGCUCAACUGGGAGAGCGUCAGCCUGAAGAUUUAAAGGUCCCUGGUUCAAUCCCAGGUUUCGGAAAGCGCUGCUCAACUUCUUAAUGGAAUUCAUCAAGAUCAGUCGUCUGCUGGAAAACCUCAAGAGCCACUGUUCACUGCUACAAACAAAAAUGUGGAUGCUUUUAUAUCACUGACGGAGAGAACAGGCUCCAUGUGUGGUGGGAAGUUGAACUCUGCUGUGAAUCCCAAGUUCUGGGGAACUUAUGGAAGGAGAAGGAGCAACAGUUGCCAACCUAAGUUUCACUUUUCACGUUUCAAGAUGGCAGGAGUGGACCGUGUGGAUGAAGUGGGAGAGUACCUGCUGGAGCUGCGGCCACAGCCUGGCCUGAGUGUGAACAGCCAGUGGGCCAGUGCCAUUGUGGUAGCAGCAGUUUUUCUGACUUCCAAUGUUUCAUUCAAAUGAUGAGUUGUUCUCCAGAGUUCCUGGCAGGUUCCUACCAUGAGCCUCCAGUUGGACGAAAUAGUGACCUUUGUCAUCACAUGAAACAUUUUUACAGAUUUCACAGGGAUGGGGUGAAAGUGCCCUUCGUCCGAUGUGAACCAGUGUGAUCCAGUUUGAAACCUUCGUUGCCUCUAUUAUUGAGGGAAAUUUUUUUUUUCUCAGCUGGAAGAGCUGUGCGGUGUCCUUCGAUAGCUCCACCUGAGAGCCUCUGAUCCGUAUUUGCUGAGCAAAUCACAGAGCCAAGUCCAUCUUUUGAAAGCUUAUCAUGUUAUGCGGAUCAUCUUUCACAGUCCAAUCAAUUCUUUACGUCCAUAAUUUGACAGCCUAAUCAUGUAGCGAAGUCCAUCUUUUCCAGCGCCAAUCAAAUCGCAAGGUCAGUGUUGGCGCGACAGACGACAAAUCGCUAGUGUGAUGCACUCAAAAUAUGCGAUUACAUUUUUGCAAUUAAAUUAUCAUUUUGUUUUGUUUAUAUCAAAUCACUGCAUCAUCAGUGCUUUCAAUGUAAUUAAUUUGAGAUUUAUUGUGAUCUGGACUCAGUUUAUUUGAAAGAUGAAGAGCGGAACCAAUGUGCGGAUGGCGUUGUUCCGACCAGGUUCCUCUUGGUGCGGCCCCUGCCCGCCUCCUCAGAGGAGUUUUGGGAAGAAACGCAAGUGGUUCGUGUCUUCACUUCUGUAAACACUGUUCCUGUGUUUUCCAGGUCAGUGGCUGUGAAAAUCACACAGAAUCAAAAUAGAAACUUAAGUCUCUUAUAGCGCGAGUCAGAUGUGUUUUGCGCAUGUUUUUCUCAAAGUUAAUUGAUUGAAUGAAUGAAUGAAUGAGUGGAGACAGCUCGCAGCUCAACAACGGGGGUGAAUGUAUGCACCAUGCCAUUUUUUAACAUGAGGUGUCAUGCUCCUACUUUAUAAUUCUAGGACUUGAUGCACUUAAAGAAAACUUAUACUCUGUUACAUUAAAUUAGUAUUUGUUAUGCUGGGACCCUGAUUACUUGACCACUGUGUAAAUAUGUUGUUUUUGUGCUAUUGUAAAUAUAUUAUUGUUCAGAUUUAUUGCAAAGAUACUGUGUGUUGAAAGAUUUAAUGUUAUAUUUUUGUGGAAAUUUAGUUAACUGAUCAUUUGGGUUUAUUUGUGCUUCUUCUGUGCAGCGUGUUCAAUGUAAAGAGAGUCAAAACCUCAAAUACAGAAUAUUUGUGUGAAUUAACUGUAAUAUUACACUACAUUUAAUACCAUUUUCUGGUAGUGGUGAAACUUGUAUGGAUACUCGAAGAUGAUUGAACAAAUACUGUUUGAUGUUUGCGACGGAACUGAAAAGUGAUUGUUAAAAGAAACAUAUUCUGGACGGACUAAAUACUGUGAAUUAGUAACAAAAGUACACUGAAAUAGACAAAUGUGAUGAUUUAGGUUAUUGAUUUCAUGAUUGUGUUUAAUAAAUCAGAGGAGUUUU